AUGUCGACUCCUACAUCUGCCAUAAAGUCCAUGGACGCCGGCCGUCGCGAAGAUGGCCAGGCACCACCACUACCGCCCCCGACGCCCGUUUCUGAACCCCGUCUCUCGACUCCCCUCAGCCGUGAAGGCUCCUCGACUGCCCAGAAGUCACCUGGCGGUUCAGAGUCUCAAGGCAGCAGUUUUCCGACCUUUGCCAAGAAGACGCCCACGAAGCUCGUUCGGAGUACAACACCGAACGCAAAGGACGGCAAGGCCGACAAGCCCUCGCCAGCCGCCGUCCAAUCUCCAGCUGCAAUCGACCCACUAUCUCAGCACAUUUUGAUGCGAACCAACACUGGCCAUACUGUUCCUCCUCAGCUUCGCAAACGCCCCGACAGUCCGACUCCGGAUCCAGAGCAGCCGACGAAGCCUCCGGCGCAUGCGUUCGAUGCCACCAAGGACAAAAAGAAAGGGCCGUCGUUCCUAAGUCGAUUGAGUAUGCGAGGUGGACGAAGACGCGAGGAUGACGAGGAGUCCGUCUUUAGUGAUCACCGAAUCGACGGGACCAAUGCCCAGGCCUUUGGUUCAGUCAUCGGGUCCGGUUACAUACCUCACCACAAAGAACCUCCACGGUACAUCCGGGUCAAGGCACACAGCAAAAAGAUGCGUGAAUUCAACCGCAUGUUCCUUGCCCAGGAGCUAUUCAUCCCGCAGUCCGACUCGAAAGACGACAAAGGUACGCCAAUAAGAGCAACGACCGACACUCGACGAUCGAAUACGACCGGAGCUAUUUGGGCCACGGAAUUCAGCACUGAUGGCAGAUACUUCGCUGCUGCGGGGAAAGAUCAAGUUGUGAGAGUAUGGGCUGUGAUAACAACGCAUGAGGAGCGGCGCCGUCAUGAGGAGGAGGAAAAUGCGAAUGGGGCCAGUGGAGAAAGGUUGAGUGCGCCGGUCUUUCGAAGCAAGCCGAUUCAUGAGUUCCGAGGGCAUACCGGUGAAGUACUGGACCUCAGUUGGAGCAAAAACAACUUUCUGUUGUCGUCAUCGAUGGACAAGACUGUUCGCUUAUGGCACAUCAGCAGAAAAGAAUGUCUCUGCACCUUCAAACACAAGGACUUUGUCACAUCGAUAGCGUUUCAUCCUACCGACGACCGGUUCUUCCUUGCGGGAUCCCUCGACUCGGCACUGCGUCUUUGGAGUAUUCCAGACAAAGCUGUGGCAUACUCUGCUCAAUUAUCAGAUCUCAUCACAGCUGUGGCAUUCUCGCCUGACGGGAAGACUGCGAUAGCUGGAGGGCUCUCCGGCAUGUGCAUGUUCUACGACACAGAGGGUCUCAAACAGAGCUCCCAGCUGCACGUGCGAUCAUCGAGAGGCAAGAAUGCUAAGGGCAGCAAGAUUACUGGCAUUAAGACGAUGGUCAUUGAUGACGAAGUCAAGGUGUUGAUCACAUCCAACGACUCAAGAGUGCGCAUCUAUAACCUGCGCGACAAGAGCCUGGAAUCCAAGUUCAAAGGCUACGAAAACACCUGCAGUCAAAUCCAUGCCGACUUCAGCGACAACGGACAGUGGAUUGUGUCUGGCAGCGAAGACAAGAGAACGUACAUCUGGUCUGUGAAAGCUGCAGAAUCGGACAAGGAGAAGCCUUGCGAAUACUUCGAUGCGCACUCAGAUCGAGUUUCAACAGCAAUAUUUGCGCCGACCAAAUCGCGCCAGCUUCUUGGUGGUUCGGGAGAUCCUCUUUACGACCUUUGUAAUCCGCCCCCCGUAACUCUGAUGAGUCUCGAGGAGUCCAUCGCCAGCCAAACAGGUAACUCGGACGAUGAGAAACCUCAGGUCAAGCAGCAGAAGAUCAAGAGACCGGAAGAAUCACCUGCUUACAUUGAGAAGUCGAAACACUUUGAUGGGCAAAUUCUCGUCACUACGGACCAAUCUGGGGGCAUCAAGGUCUUCCGUCAGGACUGUGCAUACAUCAAACGCCGUCAUGAGAACUGGGAGACGGGCUCAACAUUCUCCCGGCGCAUGGGUGGAAGCAUUGUUGGAGUUGGACGCAGCGGAAGUGUAGCAACACGCACAAGCGUCGGCAGUCAACCGCGCUCACGCCGGGGGUCGGUUUCCCGUCUGGCAGCCCCUGGAGGCGCUCAGCUGAGUUCCGACAUCAAUACGUGGCGGCAAGGGAUCGAAAGUGGGCGCCCGAGCUCCAUGGUCAUUACAGCGUCUCAAAGUCCGCGGUCUCUGUCACCUAGCAAAGCGUCACGGACACCAAUUAACAACAGUGCCUCCAACCUUGCAUCAGAAGCGCGAAAACAACCAUACAGUGGAUCGUCACCACCGGUACGUCCGCAACUUCCAGCUAGUCCCACAUCGAGCCGGGCUUCCCGCGACCGGGCUCCGUCCAUUCCUCCGACCCCGAGUUUCUCUUUCCGAUCCGCCGACGAUGACGAAAGCGACGAGCUCCGACUUGAUCCUGCCGGCGCCAGCUAUUCUUUCUGGAAUCUCAAUCGAUGGCGAGGGAUCUCAUCAUUGCGAUCAUCAGUGUCCUUCAGUAACGUCAACACAUCGCAAUCGCAGGUUGGCCAGGGGCGAAACAGCAUGAGCACAGCAGACACAACGCAAACGUCGGCUAGUAAUGGCACCAAAGCAUCCCGUCGCAAGAGCCUAGGGGCGGGCAUAUACGAUUUGGCCGUGGAGGAGGAGCACAAAGGCACAACGAAGAGCAUUGAGGAUGCUGCAGAUAAGACCGAGGCGGAUGAACAUCUGCUACAACCAGACGACUCGAGAAUCGAGAAUCGUCUCCGUAACUCUGUUGUCAGCCGUCUAAGCUCCGAGUACACCAGCGAAGACGGUGAGCAGAUGUCUUGUCAAAAGUGUGCGAGCAAAGAUUUCAAAGCGAAGAGAGUUGGCGGCAGACAACGUCUUAUCUGCGUCAAGUGCGGUAAGCUUGCCGAGGACGGCAGGUAG